UUUCAUUUCACAAACAUAUUAAUGAGAAAUUAGUAUAUUCAAAAGUGUUAGUAAAUUAUAAUCAUAGUGUUUAGAUCAGUUUACAGUAUCUCAACUAAUCUAACAGAACAUUUGUUAUUCUAAGAUGGGGAAUUGUUGUAAACGUGGAUCAAACAUGGUAUAUGUUGAUGAUGAUGAUGAGUGGGAAUGUGUCGUAUCACCAAAAAAAUUGAUCGUAGAGAAAGAAAAAUUAUUUUCGUCUUCUUCAUCAUCAUUAUCAUCAUCUUCUUCUAUUUCUUCUUCGACGGUUAAUUACAAAGAGGUGAAAAUACGAAUUACGAAGAAUGAGCUUGAACAAAUUCUAGCUGGAAAAAUUGACAAUAUGGAGGAAGUUACAAUGGAGCAACUAUUGUCUGGAUUUUUAAAUUCCAGCAAUAAUAGCUUUGAUUUUGAGAAUAUUCAACGUCAACAAUCAUGGAAGCCUCGUCUUCAAAGCAUUCCUGAAGUUAAUUGAUAUCAGAGACGGAGUUAAAAUUUUUAUAAUCAAC